UUGAUAAAGAAGAAGCAAAAAUUAAUAAAGGAAAGCAAAAAGAAGUUGGUGAAGAAGGAGCGGAAAUUGAUAAUGAAAUGCAAAAAGAAGUUAGUAAAGAAGAAACAGAAAUUGAUAAAAGAAAGCAGAAGGAAAUUAAUCUUUCUUUAAUAUCGGAAGAAGAAACUUCUAGAAUUCUUAGUUGUCAAGAGUCCAAUAUCAGUACAUCUGAUAUUAACAAUCAAGAUCCUAAUAUUGAUGAUAAUAAAAUUAUAGAGAUUCUUGCAAAUACUGAAAUCUUCUUACAACAUUUAUUAGAACUAGAAAAACUAGAAGAACUAGAAGAUCAGAAAAAGGAAGGUGAAAACAACUAA